AAGAUUUAGAAACAUAAUGAAACGUCGGUUCAGAGAAAUCUAGUUCAAGGAACUGUAGUAAAAUUUGUUGAAGAUCAACAUGGAAGAUAACACCUAGUGAAGAUACUGUAACGGAGCGGCGGUCGGCACGCUGCCGCAGCAUCCCAAGGAUGCUUUUUCCAACGAAGACAUGGAGACGGAGCAUCAUAGGAGUGGUAUACCUCCUAACAACUGCUGCACUUACAGAAGCAGUGACAACAUCGAGGCAUGGAGGUCAUAGGAUAAAGCUGCUCAAGAAAGGUAAAAGAGGUCGUGGUAGAGGCGUCGCAAGGGAAAAAUCGUCUAGAAGAACCACACAAGUGACCGGAGAUGAUACGGGGACUACCGCAAGCAACACGACAGGAUCCUCGCGAUGUACUACGCUUCAAAAUUACAAUACGUAGCGCACUCCAAGAACUCAUAGUUCACGUUUUGAGCAUCCAACUAUAAAAAUCUAUGUCAAAUUUAUUUCAACACCAGGAUUUAGUACAUGAGUCGGUUAAUUCAACCUCAACCGCAGCCUUGUUCGAGCAGCUGCAGAUGAUUUUAGGCCAGGCAGCAGGUGAGGAGGCUAUUUGUGAACAGAUCAAGACUGAAUACGACAAGGAAAUAGCGCAACUACAGGACCAAGUCUACCAAGCAGAGACCAUAGUUCAGGAGUCCAAGAAAGCCGUCGCAGCGGCUGAAACAGCUGUCAUAUCAGUGCAGGAAGCUGAGAAGUUAUGAUGAUUGAAUUAGAAUGUCGGCGUUACUCAUGCCAUAGCGCUAUCGGUUCUUUGCCGCGUAUCUACUCGGGUCGCAACGGAAUCAGGCAGCUUUCUUGAGUUGUCACGUGGUUCGCAAAUGAAUGAAUGAAUUAGAAUUGAUUUGAAUUUAAUCUUUUUUUCUGAUUGAAGAAAGAAGUCUCCGGUUGGACGAUUAUUUUUUGCUAGUCGGUCGGUCCUAUGAGCCUGUCCUCCACCUCUGAUCUAACUGCCGAAGCCUGUGCUACGCACUGGGCCGCUUUUGAGCAGGAGUCUGAGGCAAACCAAACCAGGUUAGAGGAGGAAAAAACACUGGAGCUAGCCGAAUGUGAGAGGAUACAACAAGAGUCGGAUAAAAUCAAAAUGGAGAAACAAGAAGUCAUCGACAUCGCGCAGGACGUGUUGGAUAGGAGGAAGGUAUUCUAAGGAGAGGAAGGAUUUUGACUUUCUGGAUAGGAGAAAUUUCCCGGAAUGAAUUUAUAGGCUCCGUUUUGUUUCUUUGGCUACAGGACGAACUCGUCUACUCCCUCAAUGUCACAGAGACGAUAAGGUACUGACGAGGGAAGAGACCACAAGUGAACCGCACCCUGCACAACACAAACCUCCAACUACACAAACCUCCAGGUAGCCUUAGAAAUUUACCACGAAGUGAAUGGCGUGUCCGGCAACAAUGUCACUGCACGAUUGCGGAAGGCGAUGAACGACACUCGCGAAACAGUUCAUGAGCAAGCCAACGAGUUUCGGAAAUUGCUGAACAGCACCAAGCCUGCUUUGUCGAAGAUGGCGGAAAUGAUAGAGAGCUUGAAAGAUACUCUGAGCUUAUGCCAUGUUGCUUUGUGAAUCAUGUAGUUGUUGCUUUGUAGUUCCACCUCUAGUUCUUGUACUUAUAUGCCUAGUAGCUUUAUUUGUUUUUCCUUGGCCAGCACUGUAUGCCUAGCUUUUUUCCUUCGCCACCGUUUCGUCUGCAUCAUCUCUGAGCUUCCUUGAUAUAGUGUUUCUCCCUGAAUAGAUUUUUCCACCAAUUAGAUCCUCACGAGUCCUCUAAUCCUCUUCAUCUUACUAGCUGCACCUCUAAUUUUUACAAAUUUCGAGUUCGACCCACAUCAUCAUCUUCUCCCAUCUUCUAACCCUCGUCGAUCUCAUGGACCAGCUCCGAGCUGGCCUAAAUCGAAUCCGUGAAGAGCAGUUUUAUAUUAGAGCCAACUGGACAGAUCUAGAGGACCAGGCGAUCUAUACAGCCUUGUCUAUGAGUUCAAAUGAAGGCCCGAUGGGUGAAGCGGUCGAGGAAACGGAGAAUCUUAUGGUGGGAUGAUCAUGGUGUAUGUGAAUGUCUUUGACUACUUAAAAGACUACUUUGAUUUGAUAUUUUGGCGAAGAAGAUUUGUAAGCGUAGACUUGCGGUCAGCUUUUAUCCAUCUUUCUCGGCAUCUUGAUCCCCUUUCUUCCUGUAAAUUCUCAUGAAAUACAAGGGCAAAGGGUUCAAGAUGAGGGGGCCGAGAUGGAUAAAGCCUGACGCUAGUAGACAUAGUACCGACAGACUUUUAUAGACUACUAGCGACAGACUUUUAUAGACUUUUAUAGACUACUAGUUACAACGCUGCUCGGUUCCCUUACAGGAACGUCCCUCAUCUCUCUUUCAUAUCAUUCCUGGUGGACAUGUACACCGUCAUGGACAAGGUGCAAUCGAAGGCGUUGGCUGUCCCACCACUGUGGUAUGACGUGGAGAGGUAUAAAACGGUAAAAGCGCACAUGUUUACAGACACGGAGCCUGUAUGGUGGAGGUCGUGGUCGUGAAGUGAUUAUUCAUAUUAUUUAUAUAUAACAUGUCCUCCCAGAAGCAGAUCAGGACGGAAUAAGUGACUUUCCGCAAAAGAUACAAGACAGUUUUCUAACUCUUAGGGAGAAUAAGUUUCUUGAAUUCUAAGGCCAAUGCGAUUAUUUAUAUAUAAGUAGUUGUAUUACGACUCAACUUUCAAUGGUCACCAUUUAGCUUGGAGUCACUGAGAUCGAAGAGGCGACCCCUUGAGAGAACAGGGGAAAACGAAGGGAAAGGGGAGAGCUUUGGAAUUCCGUUUAGAGUCAGUGACCAUUGAGUGCUGAGCUUUAGUUGUAGUUCGGUAAAUAAAAUGCGAAGACAGAGGUCUACGUUUAGAGGAAGAAGCUUGAAUCGUUUGAUAUUUCUUUUUCUUUGUCUCUUAGUACCUAACGGCUAACCCUGUCUAUUGAUCUCGACUUACCUUCCGAGUCAUCAUUUUUUUUCUUUCAUAACUUGCAAGUGCCGGUGAUGCGAGUGCGGGACUCACCGGCGAGACGACACCAGUGACAGUCAUACCACCACCUGGCUCAGUGGUGGGGCCAACUACUCUACCACCAGGUUCAGGCGGAGCUGAGACGACAGCACCUGCAGGCACAGGAGGAGAAGCAGCGACCACAGGAGCUGCACCUGGAGGGGGAGGUGGAGCAGCAACGACAGCUGCUUCGCCAGUAGCGACGACAGCCGCCGCAGCACCUUAGAGGAGUAGUACUGGCACAUACAACCCUUUACAUAGUUAUACCUGGUUUUGACACGACUGGAACUCACAAACCUAGGGAAUUCUCGACAAUGCAGGUUGAAGUAGCAUGAACGGAAAAACGAAGGCCAGAAACCUCAAAUUUUCUUUCAAAGUCUCAAAUGUCUGUCUUGUUAUUUUUACUCACAAAUGAAAAGGCACUACAUGCGACGAUGCUCCGUGUGGCAUGAAUAGGAAAAACGACAUUUUGACCUUGACAAACUCACGCAGGUCGUUGGAAAGUCAUCGAGUAUACACCCAAGUAAAUGGUGAACUUGUAUGCACCCAAGUAAAUGAACCACCAUAUGAUUUUUAGGAUGUACAAUUUGGAUACUAUCAGAGUUUGGGAGAAAAAACUCCUCUGACUCCAG